AUGAGAGCCCAACGUGCUUACGAGGGAUAUUUCAUCGCGGAGCCGGAUGGUGCUUACUUGCACGACUUAGCCAGGGACUUCGAAUGUGAGUUCGAAGAAGCGUUCCUGGAAAAAGAUGAGCAGGGUACGCACACUUUUGGACAACCCCUCAACAUGGAAUCAGUGCACCAAGCCCACGUGGACGACCUAGUCUCUUUAGCUGCUGUCCAGAACGAGAAAACCCUACUCCAACAGAAACGGGCACAGCUGUUUUCUGCUUUAGAAUCAGAAGAGAAAAAAUUAGAGAAAGCACGCGAAGAGCUUCUCUGUGUGGAAGAAACGGUGAUGCAUGCUGCGGCGGUGGUGGAUAAGUGUCAGAAUAAUGAAGAAGAAGACGAGACUGGCAUCGAAGAAUCUUACUACAACAGCAAUUACAACUACAGUGGUGAGUCGCAGUCAGUGCUUGUGCAGUCUUUCUUCCGCAAGUGUCCACGGUC